AAUGCCACUGCAGUGCGGCCGCUCCAUUCAGACAUGGCAGCGGCGGCACCGUGAGAGCGGCGCGCUGAUUUAACGAGCACCGGAACCCACCGCUUCCACCGGGGCUUCGCGGCCGCCGUGAGCCCGUUCGCCAUCAUGUCGGAAGAGGCCAGUUCCUCGGACGGGAACGGCAAGGUGAGCCGCGUCAUCCGGAUCGGGACCCGGAAGAGCCAGCUGGCUCGGAUCCAGACGGACAGCGUGGCCGACAAGCUGAAGGAGUUGUACCCGGACGUCCAUCUGGAGAUCGUCGCCAUGUCAACAACCGGAGACAAGAUCCUGGACACGGCUCUGUCCAAGAUCGGUGAGAAGAGUCUGUUCACUAAAGAGUUGGAGAACGCCCUGGAGAAGAACGAGGUGGAUCUGGUGGUUCACUCACUGAAAGACCUUCCCACCACGCUGCCUCCAGGAUUCACCAUUGGAGCCGUGCUCAAGAGAGAAAACCCCCAUGAUGCAGUGGUCCUGCAUCCCAAACACGCCGGGAAGACCCUGGACACACUGCCCGAGAACAGUGUGAUUGGCACCAGCUCUCUGCGUCGCGCUGCUCAGCUGAAGAAGAGGUUUCCUCACCUGGACUUCAAAGACAUCCGCGGAAACCUCAACACCCGUCUGAAGAAGCUGGACGACAAGGACGACUUCUCCGCCAUCAUCCUGGCCGCAGCCGGCCUGAGGAGGAUGGGCUGGGACGACCGCAUCAGUCAGAUCCUGGGUCCAGAGGACUGCAUGUACGCAGUGGGACAGGGAGCUUUAGCGGUGGAGGUUCGAGCCCGAGACGCAGACAUCCUGGAGAUGGUGUCAGUCCUCCACGACCCCGACACGGUGCUGCGCUGCAUCGCCGAGAGAGCCUUCCUCAAACGGCUGGAGGGCGGCUGCAGCGUCCCGGUCGCCGUUCACACUCAGGUGAAAGACUGCCAGGUAAGAACGCUCUACCUGACGGGGGCGGUGUACAGUCUGGACGGAUCCGAGAGUCUGAAGGAGACCAUGCAGACCAGCAUCGCCGCCGAAAGCGAGGCUGUGCAGAAAGUGGACGAGCAGGUCCAGCGGGUCGGGGUGACGGCCGCCAAGAUCCCCGGCGACGCCCAGGACCGCGCCGAGAAGCUGGGCGCCGACCUGGCCGACCUGCUGCUGGGCAAAGGAGCCAAGGAGAUCCUGACGGUGGCCCGGCAGCUCAACGACGCCAGAUAAUCCCCGGCCGCCGCAGACAUGGGACUGAACCCAGACCGUGAGCGGGAGCUGCUCUCAGACACAGCGGACCUCAUGGAGACGCCUCCUCCUCCUCCGCCCGCCCCCCUCCUCCUCCAGAGGCGCCAGAACACACCGCGGCCUUCAGACGCUAUCAUCACAGGACAAACACCACCCGCAUAUCAGUAAACACAGAAAACCACUACAGACACAGGAGAAAGAAGCCUCGGUCCAAAACAAGAGAAAAAUGGAACAAUUCAUAUUUAUAUGCAUGAGUAUAAGUGUAUAUUUAACCACAGAACCUUAAUGGGGAUGCCUUUUCCCACCCAGUCCUGGUAGAACAACUUUUAAAGAGUGAAUCUGUAGAAAGUGUAACGGAGAUGAAUUAAGGUAAUAAAACAUCGCAGCAGGAGACGGUAAUUAUGAAGACCUCAAACUACAAAACUACAAACUCAGUAUUUCUUCUCCAGAUUUGACAUUUUCAUACACUUUCAGUUGUUUACAACCUUUUUGAAAUGCUCUGAAAAACACACUCAUGUUCUCUUCUGGAUCUGCUCUCAGCUGGACCUCCGUGGCUUAUUUUCAUCAUCCGACUACUUGAAUCUAUCAGAGAUCAAAUAAGGUGUGCCAACACAGUGCUGGAAGAACCUCUCUCACCAUUUAGACCCCAAAGAUAAAGAGGCUGCUGCACUGACGGGAGUUUGCUCCACUCCACUGGCUCAUUCUGCUCCUUCAUGCUUUUAACUGUAACACUGGGACCUUUUAAAGGGCGUGAAACCCUCAACUGUGGUUCACUGCUUGAGUUUACCGAAGGUGAAACUGUUAUAGACUAAAUAUUAGACAAGCAAGUGCAAGAAUGUGGGAAAAAAAUGUGUGCUUUCACUGUUUUCCUUCUUUGAAUUGGCAGUAAUGUAUAAAAAUGGCAUUUGAAUGAUUCCAUUUGUCUCAAACAUCAAAUCCCCCAGUAUUUCAGUUUGCUGUUAAAGGUUUACACACAACUUUGGAAUAAUCACCCCUCAGGUAAAGACGGGCCAUUUUUAAAGUAAUGGAGCCAACAAGAUUAUAAUAAUAUAUUAAAAUAACGUUUCACUUCCAAGAGAAGCAGUUUAAUUGAUACUUUAAUAACAUAAUGGUUCAUUGGCAAAAUGUAAAGUUAUGGGCUUUAUUCCUUUUCUUGGUUUUUCAAAGUGCCGCUGUCUCCUGGUAAAGUCACAUCGCUCCAGUGAGGCUGUUUUAACCCGUAGGCCUCCUCCUUUAUUUUAAUUUAAACCUCCUGAGAACAAGUGAGGUAACUUUAGCCAUAUUCGUUUCCCAGCUUUAAUUUCUCUCUGAGUUCAUGUCUGUUCUUUUUUCUGUAGACGUGUUAACUGUUUCUCUUUCUGUUGUCAAUAAAGAUAAAGAUGU